CAACCGGUGAUGGUGGCGGUGGCGAGUCCCAGAUGUUCGGCAGAAAUGCUCGGUCCACAGAACUGGACUAGCAAUUGAUUGAACCGGAAGCUAUUUCUGCUUGCAGUGUGGCAUAUAGGCAUGGAUUCCCAGGUGAACCAGAACUACCAUGUGGAUUGCGAGGCGGCUGUGAACUGCAUGGUGACUCUGGAGCUUUAUGCCAGCUAUACCUACCUUUCCAUGUCCUACUAUUUUAACCGUGACGAUGUGGCCCUCAAGCAUGUGGCGGCCUUCUUCAACAAAGAGUCCCUCAAGAAGAGGGGAGAUGCGGAGAAGUGGUUGAAGUAUCAGAACCAACGAGGCGGGUACAUCAUCUUGCAGGACAUUCGGAAACCAGAGAAGGAUGAAUGGGAGAACAGCCUCGUAGCCUUCCAGAAUGCCUUGCGGCUGGAGGAAAUCUUGAACCAAGCUCUCCUGGACUUGCACAACAUGGCUCUGCAGAAAGGGGAUCCGCAUAUGUGUGACUUCCUAAAGUCCUUUUUGGAGGAGGAAGUGAAGGCCAUCAAGCAACUGGGAGACCACAUUUCAAACCUGCAACGCCUUGAGGUGCCCCAGAACGGCUUAGGAGAGCACCUGUUUGACAAACACAGCCUAGGAGAUGGCAGAUGAAUUUGCAGAUGACAGCUGUAAUCUGCAGUUAAGAUCUAUGAUCAUCCGUUAUUUGUU